UAAAUGUUACAGGACUCAACCUCUACCCCUGCGCGGUUCCAGUUCGGAUCUAGUCAUAUCAUUCCAUUAUAUUGACAAUUUCAAAAAACUGUUCAUACUAUGAGCAUAGUAUGAUGGCAGUCAGGCAAAUAUGCCCCCAUCGUCUAGCGGUUCAGGACAUCUCUCUUUCAAGGGGGCAGAGGGGAUUCGACUUUCCCUGGGGGUAGGGUACUACGAAAGGAAGUUGAUCAUGGAUUAUCAACAAACCUAGAAUUGAUUCUUCCUGGGUCGAUGCCCGAGUGGUUAAUGGGGACGAACUGUAAAUUCGUUAGCAAUAUGUCUAUGCUGGUUCAAAUCCAGCUCGGCCCAAUAAUUCGCUGAUCUGCCAUAACAUAAAAUGUCCAUUUUUUUGUAUUUUGACAUUUCACACUCUUGUGAGGUAUUAUCCGUUAUGACCUUUUGAUCUCACGAUUUUGUCUCAUAAAAAACAUCUGAGAAGAAUACGUGAAACCCUUAUAUCUUAUGGCUCUUGUGAGGUAUUAUCCGUUCUGACAUUCUGAUAUCACGAUUUUGUUGCAUAAAAGACGUCUCACAAUGAGAGGAAUGCGUGAAACCCUUAUAUCUUAUGGCUAAGAUUUUGUCCCAUAAAAGAUGUCUCACAAUGAGAAGAAUGCGUGAACCCUUAUAUCUUAUGGCUAAUUUUAUUACACAGUCGUGGCUCCAGGAUCUCGGGAUCCACUGCUUCGACGUCUCAGCUCAACUUGUCUAUCAUGGUUUCACACUCUUAUGAGAUAUUAUUCGCUUUGAAUCCUCUGACCUUAUGAUUUUGUCCCACAAAAGAUACCUCACAAGGAGGAGAAUGUGUGAACUCUUAUAUCCUAUGACUAACUUUAAUACACAAUCGAUGUGAGAUUUCUGGCUUCACUACCGGACUGUGACAUAAACACUAUG